AUGGCUAAACCGCACGCCCGGCCCCGCUCCCCGGACGAAGAAGUCGGGGGCGCACGAGCCGCCAGCCCUCCGAACCCGGCAUCGUCGUCGCCGCCGCCUCCGCCUCCGUACCCCGAUCCGGGAACGGAACCCUCCGCCCCGCGCGAAGACCAGCCCCUCCUCCGCGACCCGGCCGCCGCGGUCGGGGACGGCGAGACUUGGAAGCCCCCCCGCGGCUUCGGCUGGAUUGAGCUGGCCAUCAUGUCCAACGUCUUCCUGUACGGGUUCGACGGGACCGUCACGGCUUCGACGUACGCCGUCAUCGGCUCCGAGUUCGACGCCGCCAACACGGCGAGCUGGCUGACGACGUCGUACCUCAUCACCAGCACCGCAUUCCAGCCGCUCUACGGCCGGUUCUCGGACAUCUUUGGGCGGAGGAUCUGCUUCUUCGUCAGCAGCGUCACCUUUGGGCUGGGGUGCCUGGGAUGCGGGCUGGCGGGCGACGUGGUGCUGCUGAACUGCAUGCGCGCGUUGACGGGGUUCGGAGGGGGCGGUCUGAUGACGAUGGCAACCAUUGUCAACUCGGACAUGAUCCCCUUCCGCAAGAGGGGCAUGUACCAGGCCCUCCAGAACGGCAUGUUCGGUUUCGGCGCCGUCGCUGGCGCCUCCUUCGGCGGGUCCAUCGCCGACCACAUCGGCUGGCGCUGGUGUUUCCUGCUGCAGGUGCCCGUCUCCCUCUCCGCGCUCGUGCUCGGCGCCCUGGUCAUUGACAACCCGGAGGGAGGGUUCGGUAUCGACGCGAACGACUACAGGGCCAUCUGGUCCCGCGUCGACGUCUCCGGAGCGCUGCUCCUUGUUGUCGCCAUCUCUGUCCAGCUUGUCGGGUUGAGCCUGGGAGGAAACGAGCUGCCGUGGGGCAGCCCCGUGGUCAUUGGCACGCUGGUCGGCAGUGUCGGCCUUCUCGCGUUGUUUGUGGUUGUCGAGGCACGGACGAGGGCCAUUCCCGUCAUCCCGUUAAGGAUGCUCAAGGGAAGAUUGCCAGUCCUGACGCAGAUCUCCAACGUCUGCGCUGGACUUGCCGCGUACGCGUACCUGUUCAUGUUGCCCCUGUUCUUUCAGGUGGUCUUGCUCGACUCUGCCACCAUCGCUGGGGCAAGGCUGGCGUUCCCAUCGCUCGCGACGCCCCUGGGCGGUCUCUUUGCAGGCAUCGUCAUGUCGCGCUGGGGUAAGCUCAUCUGGCUGGUCCGAGCUGGUGCCUUUCUGAUGCUGUUCGGAAACGCCCUCGUGACGGCCCUGCAGUUUCAAGACUCGAAGUGGAAGUACUUGGUUUACAUCUUCCCGGCGAAUCUCGGACAGGGUAUGAUUUAUCCGGCGAUUCUCUUCACGACCUUGGCUUCGUUCGACCAUGCCGAUCACGCAGUUUCGGCCUCGACUGUGUAUCUCGUUCGCUCUCUCGGCAGCGUCUGGGGCGUGGCAAUCACCUCCGCGAUCGUACAGACAACACUCAGCCUCCGACUGCCCAAAACCCUCGGCCACAUACCCGAUAAGGAGCAGCUCAUUGACGAAAUCCGGCAUUCUGUGACGGCUCUCAAGACCCUGCCAGUAGAGGUCCGCCUCCCUGCGCGCCAAGUCUACUACGAGGGUAUCCGGUAUGCCUUUGCCGCUUCCACGGCAUUCGCUGGAAUUGCCGUGAUUGCGGCGAUUUACGCGAGCCCGCGUAGUCUCCGUAGCACUCACAAAUAG